GGAGGAAAAAGAGGAGGAGGAGGGCGGCUCGGGAGGGGCCGGCGGGUGGUGGGGGCGCGGUCCCAUAAAGGGCUCGGCGCCAGGCCCGGCCCUGCAGUGUCGUGAGCGGCGGAGCGCGGUGCGGGCAGAUCAAGAUGUCUAAAAAAAUCCAUGGAGGGUCCGUUGUGGAGAUGCAAGGAGAUGAAAUGACAAGGGUCAUCUGGGAAUUAAUUAAAGAAAAGCUGAUUUUUCCUUAUGUAGAUCUGGAUUUGCACAGCUAUGACUUGGGCAUUGAGCAUCGUGAUGCUACAAAUGAUAAAGUGACUGUGGAAGCUGCUGAAGCCAUAAAGAAAUAUCACGUUGGCAUCAAGUGUGCCACCAUCACUCCUGAUGAGAAGAGAGUAGAAGAGUUCAAGCUGAAGCAGAUGUGGAAGUCUCCUAAUGGGACCAUUAGGAACAUCCUAGGUGGAACAGUCUUCAGGGAAGCCAUUAUCUGCAAGAACAUACCCCGAUUGGUGUCUGGAUGGGUGAAACCCAUUGUCAUUGGCCGUCAUGCUUAUGGGGAUCAAUACAGAGCAACUGAUUUUGUGGUACCUGGGCCUGGAAAAGUAGAGAUGACAUACACUCCAGCAGAUGGAGGCAAACCAGUCACCUAUCUGGUCCAUAACUUUGAAAGCUGUGGAGGUGUAGCCAUGGGAAUGUACAACCUUGACCAGUCUAUCAAGGAUUUUGCCCAUAGUUCCUUCCAAAUGGCGCUGUCUAAAGGCUGGCCCCUCUAUAUGAGCACCAAGAAUACCAUCCUGAAGAGAUAUGAUGGCCGCUUUAAAGACAUCUUCCAAGAGAUCUAUGACAGAGAAUACAAGUCCCAGUUUGAGGCCAAGAAGAUCUGGUAUGAACAUCGGCUCAUUGAUGAUAUGGUUGCUCAGGCCCUAAAAUCUGAAGGAGGCUUUGUCUGGGCCUGCAAGAACUACGAUGGGGAUGUGCAGUCUGACUCUGUUGCACAAGGUUAUGGUUCUCUGGGCAUGAUGACCAGCGUACUGAUCUGCCCUGAUGGCAAGACUGUUGAAGCAGAAGCUGCACAUGGCACAGUUACUCGUCACUACCGCAUGCACCAGAAAGGCCAAGAAACCUCCACUAACCCUAUUGCUUCCAUCUUUGCAUGGACAAGAGGAUUAGCUCACAGAGCUAAACUGGAUAACAACACUAGCCUCAAGACCUUUGCAACUGCCCUGGAAGAAGUGUGCAUUGAGACCAUUGAAUCAGGUUUCAUGACAAAGGACCUUGCUGCUUGUAUCAAAGGCCUACCUAAUGUCACACGUUCUGACUACCUGAGCACCUUUGAAUUCAUGGACAAGCUUGCUGCAAACCUGAAGGGGAAGUUGGCCUCCCUGCCUAAACUUUAAGGCUUGGGUUCUACAUGGGAUCUGCAAAGAAAUUUCCACUUCAGCUGCAGUCUAUGUCACACUACAUCACCAUAGUGUAACAUUUCAAAUACUAGACAAAAAUGAGUAUAAAAGUUUUUAAGAUGUUUAAAAUAUACUUUUUUUUUUUUUAAAUCUCUUGAGCUGCCAGUUUAAGUCUUACUUUGCUAAGGAGCUGAAUGUAAUACUAUUCAAGCUCCUUGUGGGCCUAGAUUCCUUAUGUCAUUUUGAGCAAACCUGAGAUUCCUCUCUCAUGACUUUAUGAGGAUUUCUUUCUUCUCAAACUGGAAGUCAGUCUAUGUCACACCUCUGGUCAAACCAGCAGUGACUUACUGGCCAGCAGACCUGAGAAAUCAGAAACAUCCUUAUUGCUCCAGUACUGUCCACUGAGUAUAAGUGAGCUCACAGGACUGUAACAGCUCUACCACAGCCCCUUUCUUAAUGUACUUUUCAGUGCCAGCUACAGCACAGUACCCUGAUAACAAGAAAUUUGCUAAGCCAAAAUUAGCAUCUGAGAAAAAGCACUUAGUAAAUGCUGCAAACAAAUCCUAUAGGCUAAAAGCCUAAUGAAACUGCAGCAGUAUCCUAAAUGCAGGCUGUGCAUUUAGAUAUAUUUUUCCUGACUGAAUGCAAAUCAUAGGAACUGUUCUGUCUGCCCCUUCCUGCGCAAUUCAUUAAGGUGCAGAAUGUUUCUCCAGUUGUCUGAGGUAUUACAUACACUUGUUGUGAUACAGCAAGUCAGCUUAUUGACUGUGAAGAACUAUUCCAUCCUUUUUUUGUUGUGGUUUUUCUUUUUUUUUUAAAGAAUAAUUCAGUUUAGACUAAAAUAAAAGCCAACUAACAUUC